AUGACGGAUCGACCGGCUCCGGGGCGGGCGCCGUCCCUCAUGGACCGGCUGCAGGCGAUGCAGAGCGAGCUCAACGAGGCGGGCGGCUCGCAAGUGUCGUACAACGACGUGUUGAAGCGCAUGGACACGAAGCUCUCGAUGAAGCUCGAAGCGGAGUCGGCAGCGGAGGAGGAGAAGAAGCUGGACGCGGCCGAGGCCAGGCCGUCCCCACCGGCCAAGACGGGCACACGGAGAAAGAUGCCAAGCACGCUGGAGGCGCUGCCGGAGAAGACCACGUCGUUCCGCGGCGCCCCGCUGCGCACGAGCACCAUGAGGCACCUGAGCGGGAAAUCCGAGCUGUCCUCGGGCCCGUCGAAGCGCGGGAGCCUCUCGCGCAUGCACUCGAGCAUCACCCCGGGCGGCUUCGUGCGCACGGGCAACAACGAGACGUUCUCGCGCGCCCUCGUGGACUCGCUCGAGCUCGGGCAGGUCUACGGCGGCCGCAUCCGCGUCGCGACGCCGCCGUACAUGGUCAAGCUCGAGGACGUCGACCACGUGUACCAGAUCUUCCUCGACAUGCAGCGCUCGAGCGGCGGCGCGAUCACGAAGCCCGCCUUCAAGCGCUUCAUGACGCAGCCCAAGGACGCGCGCUACUUCAACCCGACGAUGCUGUCGCCGGAGCUGCAGAAGACGCUCGUCGCGGACAUGUACCACCGCCUCGACAGCGAGCACAAGCAGCACGUCGGCCUGGAGGACCUCCUCAAGGUCUUCCACCGCGACCUCCCCAUGUCCGACAUCCACGUGCUGGCCAACCACGUGCGGCCGUUCCACUUCGAGGACCUGCUCGACGAGGCGGACCUCGCCAAGGCGCGGCAGGUGGUGCAGGAGAAGAUGAUCAAGACGGGCGAGGACGAGCUGGCGGUGUACCAGGUGACGGGGAUCCUGGGCGGCGCGCUGGUGGACUGGAAGCGGGACUUCGUGGCCUGGGCGCUCAAGCACGACGGGCUGCUCGAGCGGGACCAGGUGACGAUGGACGUGGUGUUCGAGGCCGUCGACCGCGGGCUCAAGCACGUCAAGAACACGCUCAAGGACGGGAACGAGGCGGAGCUGGUCGACGACGUGCCGGCGAACGUGCUGGAGAAGGUUCUGGGACCGGGGGGGAUGGAGGCGGUGCAGGGGCAGGACGCGCUGCGGGUGCUCAAUAGCUACAUAGGAAAGCGCACCUCCCUGCCGCCAGGGAGCCUCGGGUAG